AACGAAUUGAUAUGUUUAGAAAAUCGCAAGGUAAUCUUCGAGACUGAUGUCUACAUGGUAAUGAUUUUGCUGACGACGGUAUUCCACCUCCCAUAUGUAAGCGGAUGAAGGUUGACGAGGUGAGGUGGGGAAGACGAAGCCCGGCUAUCGAGACCCAUCAACGAUGACGCUGAAGGGAACUUCUUGACAUUUCGGACCAACUCCGUUGAGGCCGCGCACAACGUCGACAGCAAGAUUUGCUAAAGGUGUUGCCAUCAAACGAUAUAUCGUAAUGGCGCUCACAGAGCCCACGCCGGAGCAAACACUCAAGCUGUUCCAAGACAUUGAGCAACACUUUCCGUCAAAGACUCUCGGCGAAGACAAAUGGCAGAUACUCGCGAUCGCAUCCGUUGCCGGAGGAGGCCACCCAGCGUGCGCGGCCGACCUGUACAAGUACCUGAUCUCGCAGCCGCAAUAUCGUGAGCCCGAGCAGCGCAAGGCUCUCAUCCGUCGACUUCGGGAAGCAUUGGUGAAGCUCGUGUCGGUCGUGGGAGUCCCGAAACCCUUGGAGGCCAUCUUCAGCAUUGCGGACAUUGAACGAGACGAGGACAAAGAUUACUCAUUUUCGAGGGAGAAGUGGCAGUCGGGAGAGGAGAAUGCAAAGCGAGGAGCGGACUGGCUGGCCCAAAUCUACAAGCACAACGAUGCUUCUACUGCGGCACGCAUGGCAGCACACAAGGACUUUCGAUGGCUGUCGAUCGAGAUUACAUACGGCUUGUAUCUCAGUGACCAUUCAAUCCUGGAUGCCGUGGACACCGAGCUCGUUGUGCUAUCUGGCAUCAUGAUCCAGAAUCUCAAGACCGAAACGGGUUGGCAUUUGCGAGGCACGCGAAGAAUCGGCGUGAGCUUUGACGACGUUGAGCUGAUUCAGCAGUGUAUCGAAAAAGUUGCUACAUUCUGCGGACUGCAGCUGACGAGAGUUCCAAGGGUGCGAGAUAUCGAGCAUGAGGUGUGA